UUCCUUAUAAACAACUAAAAUACACUUAUUUGCCGAUUAUACACAUCUUAAAUGAACUUUGACGAGUUUAACAACAAACAUACUCAGUGUAAUCCCACAAGAUGUGGUCUGAGAAGAGUAGAGUAUACGGGACCAUAUGGACCUUACAGAGAUAGAGAGACUAUUUCCGAAAGACCCCAGCUCAAGUAACGCAAAUCAAUGAACACAUAGAAGGAAACAACUAAAGCAUGUACAAGAGGAAGCAUCACAUGACAUACAACCAACAACAAAGUCAAUCUUCCAAUAAUUCUCAUCUCACUAGUUAUUCUGGUAGGUACUACCACCCUCCCAAGUUCUCACAUACACCAUUAACAUUAAAAACCUGGAUCCCAUUAACUCUGAGCCCAAAACAUGUAACCCACUAUGUCUCUCUCAUUCUAUCAUUAUUCCCCAUUUGACAAUAACCUACUACAACUUGUAGUAAAAGCUUCAGCUGGUGGGCUCACCUUCCACAUCCUUCAUAUUUCUAUUCAUAUAUCUUUAUCAAACACCAUUUUAUUGAUUCAUAAUUCUUCCCCUUUUGUUUCUCAUACAUUAUAUAUAUGUACUAUACACUAUGCAUAUAUAUAUAUAUAUUCCAGUCUUUUUUGUUCAUUUCAUAUCAAUGUUCUAUUGAGAAAACCUUGAGGAGUUCUUCCCGCAAACUGCUUCUGGUUGAAUUACAACUACUUUUUCGCAGACAUUCACUUGCAUCACGUCAUCUUCAACCAAAACUCCACCCUAGAAGCCCAUGGGAUCCAUUGAUAUGUGCUUGUGGGUCGGAGUGAAUAUUAUAGACCAACAUAUCUGGUAGUUGACAAUCGUUCAGACUUGGUAAAGGUUAUCACAACACCAAUAGUAGGACAAGAGGACUUGUUAGCUCUGGAGAUUGACUUAGGCAAAUCUCAUAUUGGAAGAAGAGGACAAAUAUAGGGCCUUCCAUAUAAGGCAGAAUCAUCAGGAAUUCAACUGUUGAGAAGUCUUCGCAAAAUCGCGAUGCUCCAAAGAUUAGACCAGGACAGACAAUACCUUGACAAUUGAGCUGAGCCAUUGGGUUGAUUUGAUUACAAUGGAUGAUUUUUGUUGUACUGGUAACUUCAUGGUAUUUGUUCUUUUCUUGGCUUUACUGUUGCAUAACAGCAGUGAAGCAUUUGGGACAUUCAGGUUCGAUAUACACAACAUGUAUUCUGAUCCAGUAAAAGGUAUUUUAGACCUUCCCUGGUUGCCUAAAAAAGGUAGUAUUCAAUAUUAUUCAGCUUGGACACAACGUGAUCGCCAUAUCAACAGGCACCGGCUUACCAGCACCGUUGAUACUACUCCCAACAGUCGCCGUCUUACCAGCACCAUUGAUCCUACUCCACUACCGCUCACGUUCGCCGGAGGAGGAAACAAAACAGUCCUACUCAGUUCGUUGGGAUUUUUGCAUUAUGCAAAUGUGACAGUGGGCACACCUGGGCUAUCAUUUCUGGUGGCACUCGACACUGGCAGUGACUUGUUUUGGCUACCAUGUAACUGCAACAACUGCGCUCACACACUCCUGACAGGUUCUGGAAGACCUACAGACCUUAACAUUUACAGCCCGAAUACAUCAUCAACAAGCAAAAUUGUUCCCUGCAAUGGCACUCUAUGUGGGCAAGGAAGACAAUGUUCAGUGGCACAAAGUGCAUGUGCUUAUAGAGUUGCAUAUCUCUCCCAUAAUACCUCAUCUUCUGGGGUACUGGUAGAAGACAUCUUGCACUUACAAACAGAUAGUUCUCAACAAAAGGCUUUUGAGGCACCAAUUACAUUGGGGUGUGGAAUGAAACACACUGGUGCUAUUUUGAAUGGUGCUGCUCCCAAUGGUCUAUUUGGACUCGGUAUGGGCAAUAUAUCUGUUCCUAGCAUUUUAGCCAGCAAAGGUCUUGCUGCGAAUUCUUUUUCUCUGUGUUUUGGGGCUGACGGUAUUGGAAGAAUAGAUUUUGGAGACAAAGGGAGUCUGGACCAAGGAGAGACACCAUUCAAUCUUGAACAGACACACCAAACUUAUAACAUUAGUCUGACGGGAAUAACUGUGGGAAACAAGAAUAUUGAUGUUGAUUUCACAGCCAUAGUUGACUCUGGCACCUCAUUCACAUACUUGAAUGAUCCUGCUUACAACGUCAUUACAGAGAAUUUUAAUUCUCAGGCACAAGAGCUACGUAUUCAGCCUAUGGUCCAGGUUCCAUUUGAGUACUGCUAUGGGCUAAGGGUAAAUCAAACUUACUUUCAAAUUCUUGACGUAAAUUUGAUGAUGAAAGGUGGCAACCAGUUUUAUCUUUUUGAUCCAAUUAUAACAUUGUCCCUUCCGGACGGUUCCACAGCAUAUUGUUUAGCUGUUGUCAAAAGUGGGGAUGUCAAUAUCAUUGGACAAAACUUUAUGACCGGCUAUCAGGUAGUUUUUGACCGAGAAAAGAUGGUUUUGGGAUGGAAGCCAUCUGAUUGUUAUGAUUCUAAAGAAUCUAAAAGUAAAACUAUUCUCCCCAUUAACAACCAAAGGCCUACUGAAGGGUCUGGUCCUACCAGUGGGCUGCCAGAAGACACCAGAGAAAAUGGAAAUGAUACCAUUAGGUCGACACCGGAUUUUACAUCAUCAACAUCUGCGGGCAACUAUGUAACAAAGAGCUUGACAUUCUUUUGCCAACUUGUAGUGGUUCUGUUUUUCCUUUAUAGCCAUUAUUUGAUGAUUAUUUCUUCAUAAGUUCUUUAUUCUUGUUUAUAAUGAGCUCUGUGUAAGUGGUGCUAUAGUAACUUGAAAGAGUAAA